UUUCUAGACAAGAAGCGCGAACAAGACCUACGCGUUUUUUUUUCACUGCACUUGGUCUAAAGAAUUAGAAUUUUCUUGCAACAGCCAUCGCUUUUCAACAUGAUACCGAGUUCUACAAGCGACCACUUAAUUCAUUAAAGAGCAUGGAAAAUGGGCUAAAGACUUUUGGUCGCCACGCAUCUUUCUUUGAAUUAUGACAUAACAAUGAUGUUUAGACACGACCAAUAAGCAUCUCCUCCUUGUCCACAACUUUAUUGCCAAUCAAGAAACAUGAUGCCGUUUGAAAGUUUCGAUGAGUUCCUUGCGUGGCAGCGGAAAUUUCUGGAGGCCAAUGGCGAAAGCAUCGAGAUGCUACUCCAAAAUGGAGUCUUUUUUUUGCCAGGUGGAUUGUCAUUAAGGCUACAUUGUAGACAAAUUCAAGACGAGCAAUUAAGUAUAAAGAACUCUCCUGUGGCCAAGAGAUCAGCAAUUAAGUAUAAAGAGAUUCAGAACUCCCCCCUACGCCGGUAGCUACGCGGAAAAUAUGUAGGCAGGUUCUCCACGGAACUUGCUCGCGAUACAAAAAAAAAAGUGGCACCAGAGAAAUUGAGCAGAACAAGAAAAGUUAUUUAUUUAUACUAUUUAAUCUUUGAAAUAAUAAGAAUAACUCUUAAGAAGUCAAGAAUAACUCUACUUAAGUCAAUUGUAGAAGUGAAGGCAAGGGUCGAUGGCUCCACUGCUCCCAAGGAGGAUGUAUGAGUACCAACAAUGGCGUCAAAAGAUACCUCCAGACCAGGUAAAUGAAUGAAUGAAAGGACUAUAGUUCUGCUUCUCCUGCUAACAUGAGGCGACGGUGUACAAGAGCAGCUUCUCUGUAGCUUGUCGGAACUCUUCUCCGUUUAUCGCACAUUAGUCUGUGCACCACAAGUCCCGGGUAUUCAGGCGGUUACAAUUAAGGCUUUUGGUAAAAAUCCAUCUGUUCAGAAUUAUCGAUCUUGAAGCUGUCGUCCCAUUUCAGGGAAAAAAAGCAGGGCUUACCCUUGUCGAUCUUCUGGUGAGGCCUCCCGAAGAGGCUUUUAUAGAGGAAAAAGCGCCUCUAAGAAAUGGAUAAGCCUCUUCGGGAAGGGUGGCAGCUUCUAAUAAAAGACCGCAGGUAGGAGCUUCAAUUAUGGAGGAUGGUCGCUUUUUGUCGAAGUCGAUGAUAGCUAACGGAUCCCAUCUCAGGCCCUUAAUAAGUAACUACUCUAAAAAGAUACUUGAAGUUCUUGACUACAACUACAUAUUUCGAAUUCAACAUUAUACCACCUCUACCUCCACCAUCCAGCAUUUCUAAGAACAACAAGCAUUGCAAUGAAUGUACCACCUCCAGCAGGGCCUCGUCUAAUACUAACGUUUGUUCCUCCAUAAGCAAGGAGCAGAAAUACACGGUCGUGCUUUUUCUGAUACGAGGAAUUCGUUGCCUUCAACUAGUCUAUGAAAUGCGCUACCCAUCUCCAAAAGGGUGUGCGAUCUUGUUAAGGCUAGUCAGUCAGAGUCACUCGUAUCUCGUUCUGGUGUGAGGUUGUGAGGUAUACUCCUUGGUGUGAGUAAGUUGCCCUUGAUGAGAGUGUUGCGAGUGAGGUAUACUCAGUAAGUUGCCCUUGUUGUGAGGUAUACUCCUUGUUGAGAGUGGUGCGAGUCAGGUUGUGAGGCAUCCUCCUGACUCUGAGUAAGAGGGGUGCUGCAGCCUCAAGCAGGUAUCGAUCACCUCAACCAGGGCCACUUACAUGUUUAUUAGUGAUGAUUGACUGGCGUUAAUAUUGGAGUUCCUGAAAAUCCUUCUGAAAGCGGGCAUAGCCCAUUUCCUUUACAAUAGAGGAAGGAAGGGCAGAAUAAGAGAAGUUGGGGAUACUUCAGUUUUAGCACCUCGUUUUUUCGUAGAAGAAAGUGUGUGGGUGGAAGACGCGAAUGCCACAGUCGCGGAGAGGGUGAAAGAUAUGGCUGCAUUUUGAAAUUGAUCUAAAGCUAUAGGUUCUAGUUUUAAAGAAGUAGUCUAGGUAUAAGCAGAUUUUUUCCGUCUGCUUAGUACUUACCUGCUAGCCUCGUCUUGGAGAAAAUAGAGAAUAACAAGGAGAAGAAGAUGCAAGAACAAUAAUUAGCCCUUGAGCUGACACCCGUAAAUAGAUACUGGGUAUAUAAUCAUCAUCGUCAUCAUCUAAAGCUUCUUAAAGAAGUAGUCUAGGUAUAAGCAGAUUUUCUCCAUCUACUUAGUACUUGCCUACUAGCUUCUCCUUCGUUCUCUAAAAGGAGUAUUUUGUUCAGUUUUCUCUUCCUGUUUCUCCUCCACUCUCCCACUUCUAAAACGGAUCGUGAGACGGACCAAAGAAAGCGCGACAUCGACCUCGAGUUUAUAGGGAAACGUUCUGGUGUAAGGCUGCGCGGUCGUCUACACAAUAUCGAUGUUCCGCCUGUUGCAGCUGCGGUCACGGGACCAAUAGGCUUCGAACUGCCACAAAAAAAGCAUGGCAUUGUGUUGAUUAUGGCUUCUCUAUCAUGUAGGAUGAGUGAACUACCACGAAAAAAAAAGGGAUCGAUUGUGUUGAAUAAGGCUUCUUCUCAUUAUCUUCAUGUAGAAAGGGUGCGUCUUGGUUUAGAAGAAUCUUCCUCUUCAACAUUCUCUGGCAAAAGGACCCAGAAGGUCGAUCUAAGAUGGAUCGCUCGGAUCAUCUUCAUCAAUCUGGUUCUAAUCUGACACAAGCCCAACGUCUAGUCCUAUCGCAACGUCGCAAACGCCAACUAGUCUUUCUAGACCUGCUUUACCAGUUGCGGCCACUGUUCGUUCUGUAUCUGCAAGCGAAGAAAAAACCGUGGCUAGCCUGGUGGACGGCGCUGUUGAUAUUACGGCUACCGCUGGUGAAGCAUGGCCCUGACACCAUCGUCCUUGGAUCUUCUUUUUCUACUUGAAAAGCGGACCAAGGAUGUUGCACUUCGGGGGGCUAACGCGGUAGCUCUAAGGAUAGACCUAGGAACUUCCAGCGUUAUGGAGAUGCUGCUAGUUAGGGAGAAGGCCGAAGCGUGGACGCCACCUGGGAAUGACCCAACAUUUUUAUGGACCACAAGGACAGCAUGUUGUACUAAAGCAAGGUACUAGAAUGUUGAGCAUAUGUUGGGUAUGUUUAUGUAGAUGUUUCUUCGAGUCGCUGCUCUCCAAAUAGCCUUUGAUCUUAUCGCAUCAUCAAGAGUAAUUCGAGUCACCACACACUAUUUAAUUGCCUUUGACGCCGUGGGUUCAAGAAUCCUUUAGACAAGAGAUCCUGCGUAUGUUAGUUUGGGGCAGUAGAGGUAGGUAGACAACUUUGUGGUAAGGAGGCGAUAGAAGUUCGGAUCAUAUUCGCAGAUCGUUAUUGCUGUCAAAUUGGUAGUAGACGAAGCACUUCUUCUAACCUUCCGCCAUCGUAUCGAAUGUAUGGAGUUGCGACGCCGAAGACAAGCCUGCUUUUGGGCCCUUUUGAGGUCGCCGUUUUUUGAAAAGUACUUCCCGGAGGAGAAAGUUCAGAGGUUUUGGGACUCUCUACCAGUCCUAAAGCAUUUCAACAUAGUACAACUGUUGUUACUGUGGCGACGGUAUUACUUUUAUACGUCGGGGACGUGAUGAAGUAGGACCACGUCGUGAAGCAGCUCUAGUGUGUGGGUUGAUGAGUAGUUGGACGAGUUGACUCCAUAUCUUUCCACAAAGUACUACUGCACUCCUGCAGUUCUGACUUUGUUUCAUUUUCCUUCUGUAUUAUGUUGUCGCUCCAUUUUUGUGGUCUCAUUCUUGUGUAGGGACUGCAACUGCGCUGCUUUUGGUGCUUCUGUGCAUCAAUUCAUUUUCCUAAUAGCACGCAACGCCAGAG